AUGCACUGCUCUGUUAAAGAGACUGUAAACUUGAAUACCCACAUGAAAAACUUCUUCCCCACAGAUGGACAGGUGACGUUCGUGUCAGAGCUCUCAUCCAAACCAGCUCAGAAGUUGUCCAAGUACGGCUGGUACGGCAACGUGAGGCUGCAGAGGUUUCACAUACCAGAGGAGACAGCCGUCGCUCGCUGGCUGUUUUCCGUCACCAAGCUCCACAACUUCCACUGUGGACAGAAAAAUGUCACCAUCCAUAUUCGAUGGGGUGCCCCUCCAGUUAUAAACCUGAUAGGUUCAGUGUUUCCGAAUGCAACACUAUGGAGUCCUUGCCUGUCUCUGACCCUUCCAGUAGCAUCACACAGCUCCAUAACUUUUAACCACUCCGACCCUGCUCCUGGUGAUUGGUAUGUUGCUGCCCACUUGCCUCAGGAUGACCGGCGCAUCGAGCAGAAGGGUUUUCCAUCCUGCACUUAUUUCUUCCAGCCUCAAUUAUCAAUCAGGAGAGCGGUGGACACACCUAUUUUACAGCAGGGCACAUUCCUCCAACAGACCGCUGCACCUGACAGACCGGCUCGCCUUAAGUUGUAUGUUCCAGAGUUUGCCUCGUCUCUCUCCGUCUCUGUGGCGGACUGUUCAUCAGGGGAGGGAGCAGACAGUGGAAAUUGUUCACUGGUCCUCAGGCUGGGCUCCUCCUCUCUGCAGCAGGGCCCAGUAUCAAUGAACUGCUCAGGGACUGGCUGCUCUGCCGUGCUAUCUAACCCACCUUGGGGCACUUGGCUACGAGUUGUCGUUGAAAGCAGCCAAAACAAUCGCACUGUAACCUUUAGUAUCAUCGCAAACUACACAGUGGGUUGUAAACCAAAAAGUGUAGGCCUUAAAGCAGAUGAUGACAUUAAGAGGCUCCGUGGAAACAGCAGCUAUGCCAACUCAACAACAGCAGGCAACAGCUCACUGGCUACAGCCGCGGUCGCCUUUAGCAAUGACUCAGCAUCUCUGUUUACGCCGUUGUGGGGGUCCGCGUGCGUGUGGAGCAUUCCUGUGCUCUACGAGGAGGUGGACGUCCUGUCGCUGCGGUACACCCCCGUCAACGGACCCAACGUCAGCGUCACAAACACACACCCCACUCUGCUCACUUACCCCCUGCACACGCAAGCCACUGGUGGAACUCUCAACCUGCAGCUCACACUCAACACU